AUGGCGUACGCAGCUUCGGACUGGCCCUACCCCAGGCUUUCAGCCCUGCCUCUACUCGGGGCCAUGGUCCCAGGAAUUAGCGUAGAGCUACAGGCACGGCCAUGGCAGGUACCGCGGGACUGGGGACGUGGGCCGGGCCCGGCUGGGCGGCGGGUGGAGCGGUCUGGGCAGGUACCGCGUGGCCCGGAGGCGUGGGCCAGUGAGGGCCGGGCAGGUACGGCGGGGUCGGACAUUGCCCGGCCCCGUUGCAGCCUGUCGCCGCUCCAAGCUCCAGAGCCGCUGUCCCCGGUGGAUGGCGCAGGCGAGGAGGCUCUGGAUGAGGACGAAGACGAGGUGGAGGCUGAGGAUCCUGAGCCGCCGGCAGGCGCAAGUGGAGGGCGCGGUGGCUGCGGGACCGUGUCUGGGACUGUGGCAAGCGGCGGCCCGGGGGGCGCGUUCACCCGGCGAGCGGUCACACUGCGGGUGCUGCUCAAAGACGCACUGCUGGAGCCCGGCGCUGGGGUGCUCUCCAUCUACUACCUGGGGAAGAAGUUCGUGGGGGACCUACAGCCAGAUGGGAGUAUCGUCUGGCAGGAGACGGGGCAGGUGUUCAACUCACCCAGUGCCUGGGCCACCCACUGCAAGAAGCUGGUGAACCCAGCCAAGAAGUCAGGCUGUGGCUGGGCCUCGGUCAAGUACAAGGGCCAGAAAUUGGACAAGUACAAAGCCGCUUGGCUCCGGCGGCACCAGCUCCAUGUGCCUGCAGCUGCCACCGAUGAGAGUCCAGCCAGCGAAGGGGAGGAGGAGGAACUGCUGAUGGAGGAUGAGGAAGAGGAGGUUCCGGCGGGGGUCUCAGUGGAAGACAAGAGCCGGAGACCCCCAGGGAAAGGCUCCUCGGAGACCACCCACCAGGAGACCACGUCCCCGGGGAAAUGCCUGGAAAACAAGAUCCGGGUACCUGUUCGCUAUUGCAUGCUGGGUAGUCGGGAUUCUGCAAGGAGCCCCCACACCCUGGUGGAAGUGACGUCUUUCGCAACCAUCAACAAGUUCCAGCCUUUCAACGUGGCCAUUUCCAGCAACGUGUUGUUCCUGCUGGACUUCCAUAGCCACUUGACUCGGAGUGAGGUUGUGGGCUACCUGGGAGGCCGUUGGGACAUCAACAGCCAGAUGCUCACUGUGCUGAGAGCCUUCCCUUGUCGGAGCCGACUCGGUGACCCGGACACGGCAGCCAUCAUUGAGGAAGAGGUCUACCAGAGUCUGUUCCUGCGAGGACUGUCCUUGGUGGGCUGGUACCACAGCCACCCUCACGGCCCAGCGCUGCCCUCGCUCCAGGACAUUGACACGCAGAUGGACUACCAGCUUCGCCUGCAGGGCUCCAGUAAUGGUUUUCAGCCCUGCCUGGCCCUGCUCUGCUCACCUUACUACUCCGGCAAUCCAGGCCCCGAGUCCAAGAUCUUGCCCUUCUGGGUGAUGCCACCCCCUGAGAUGCUGCUAGUGGAGUUCUACAAGGGUGCUCCUGACCUCAUCAGAUUUCAGGACCCCUGGAAUCAGGAGCACACCUACUUGGACAAGCUGAAGAUCUCCCUGGCCAGCCGGACACCCAAGGACCCAGGCCUGUGCCAUGUGCUGGAGCAGGUUUACAGUGUCCUCAAGCAGGGCAGCUGA